AUGGUCUGUCGCAUGCGUUUAAAGCGCCUGAUACCCACCCCGGGCUUCGGGCCUGCUGUCGCUUCGUCCUCUCUUUGCUCGGCUGCUGCGUCUCUUGUUUUUUCUACAUGUGCGUCUUCUCGGCGUGCGCCGCCUUCCCCUCCCCGCUCCACUGACUCUUCUUCGUGCGCGACGCCGCGUUUCCAGCGUCUUGAGAGUGAGGCUUAUUCUUCUUCCCUUCGCGGUUUCAAUCACGCAGGGCGUCGCGCGAAGUUUCACUCCCAGCCGUCGCUCGCUCCUCGUGCGUCCCCUCACCCGUCUUCCCUCUGCUACGGUGCGGCGCAGCGGCCUUUCACCACGCCGAGUGCCUCGAGUUCUCCUGCGUUCUUCGCUAAUGCGAGAUGCAUGUUUUCUUCACUGGCUGUGACACCCUCAUCUUCUUUCCCCGACGCUGUCGUGUCCGCUCUUUCUCCUUCGUCAGCUUCUCACCUUUCUCUCGGUUUCUCAAACGCGUCUGGCCUCUGCCCUAGCUCCGUGCGAGACUGUGCCCGGCUUCUCGGCGAACCUGCUUCCCUCCUUGCGGGCGUGUCUUAUGGUUUGACAUCUGCGCUCCCGUCAGAUCUGUCUCUCUCGCCCUCCUCUCUCUCCCCCUCUUCGCCCUCGGCGUCGCUCAGUCCGCGGUCGCCUGCUUCAGCUGUCCGUGCCAUCGCACCUGACGCAGCGGCCUCACUCGGGGGCGUCUCUGCUCUCUUCGCGGACUGCGCGUUUCCUUCCCGCUGUGAUGGCACCUGCGCUGUCCGCACUCCGGACGCGCCGACGUCCGCUUCGCCGUGGGGGUCUGGCAGCUCUCUUUCUCGUUCCGAGCCGCUCGAGUGUCGCAGGGAUCGCGGAGGAAAGACAAAGACGAAGCUCAGGCGCGAAGAGAGGCGGAGACGCAGGGCGCAGAUUGAGAAACUCAGGGGCGAGGAGGAGAAGCCAGACAAGGCCAGAAAGGUGACCAGCGAGGACGUCAUUAUACUGCGAAAAUAG